AUGGUUAAGUUUGUGGAUAACCCGAAUGGGCACUGUCGGAUGUGCAUCGAAUCCGACGAGAAAGGUGUACUUGUGGAAUGCUGCGAAUGUGACCGUUGGUUCCACUUGGCAUGUGUGGGACUGAAGGACCCACCGAGAAGUGAGGACUACUGGACAUGCCAAAAAUGCUACGAGAUUGCAGAAAAUCAGCAAAAGAUGGAAGAAAAACUUAAGAAAUUGGAAGCCCAAGCCAAAGGCAAACGAACACCAUCGUCGGAAAGAACGACAACAACCGAAGAAAUAUUGCGUAUUCAUCAGAAAACUAUGGAGGCUCUCGUUAAGCAGCUCCAAGUUAAACCCGAACCAACUCCAGAUAUCAGUCUGGCCCAACCCAAUCAAAACGAAGAUUGGACAAUCUACCUGAAAAGGCAAGCUCUGGCUGACUUGCCUAGGUUUGAUGGCGCGCCAAAAGAUUGGCCAAAAUUUAAGAAAACAUACGAAGAAACCACAAAAGCAGGAGCUUUUACUAAUCUUGAAAACUUAAACCGGCUGCAGAAGGUUCUGCGUGGAAAUGCCGCAAAAACUGUGAGUCAACUGCUGAUCGACCCGGAGAAUGUCAAGAAAAUAAUCGAAAGACUAGAAGAAACAUACGGUCGACCAGAAGCGAUUUAUAACGAACUUCUCCACGAACUAAUAAAAAUUCGUAAGGAGAAUAAAAGUGCAUUAUUAGAAAUAGCAGAUGCACUGGAUAAUCUCGUGAGUACAAUAAAUGUAAUCAAUUGUGCUCAAUAUCUGAACGACCCUCGUUUGGUCGAUACUAUAGUAAAGAAAUUGCCCUAUAAUAUUCAAAUAAAGUGGGCUGAAGAAUUGAGCAAAGAAAACAUUCAUUGUCCAGAUUUAAAAAUACUGAAUGAAUUGAUAAAACCACUCGCCAAAAUUCAGAGGAUGGUUAACCCUUCGAUCGAGAACUCUGAAAGGAAGUCAAGAGUAAACAUUCACCAAGAUAACCGGAAAAAGUUCUACAACAAAUGUCCAUUUUGCGAAAAGGACCACAAAGUCUAUGAAUGUGAUACAUUCAAAAAAAUGAACACGGAAGCAAGGAGAAAAAUUGUUACACAAAAACGACUUUGCUUUGGGUGUCUAGGAGCAAACCAUCUAAUGAAAGAUUGCGAACGUGCUAGAACAUGUGACAUCGAUAAAUGCCAGGAAAAACAUAGUAGAUGGCUACAUCCGAGAAAUAAGAAAAACGUAGACAAGGCCAACAAAAUGAUGACGACGCCGAAAGAAGAAAUCGUAGAAAAGCUUGUAACCACAGAAAACGCUUCAUCUUCUAACUCUGGAACUACAAAUCACCAUCAAACAUUCAGAAAUAAUAUUUAUUUCCAAAUUAUUCCCAUAACACUUAGAAACAAGGGAAAGGAAGUAAAUACGUUUGCUUUCUUAGACGCCGGCUCAUCACUAACUUUAAUCGAGGAACAAAUUGCUGAUGAUCUCGGCCUAAAGGGACGCUCGAAUCUUCUCAAACUCACCUGGACGCAAAACGUCACCAAGCAAUCGAACAGCAGGCAGGUACAAGUUACACUCGUCGGACCUUCAAAGAAACCAUUUAUCCUGAAGGGCGUAAGAACAAUUGACAACCUCCAGCUACCAAUUCAAUCUCUAGACAUGGAUGCUAUGAAAAAACAAUACGAUCAUCUGAAAGACUUACCCAUUGAAAGCUAUACGGUAGCACGACCAUCAAUACUAAUUGGUCUCGACAACGCGCAUCUACUAAUGCCUAUGGACAGAAGAAUGUUAGACGAGAAUUCUCCUAUGGCUAUGAGAACCAAACUAGGAUGGUUUCUCUUUGGUAACCUCAAGUUGAAUAUCGCACAAGACUAUGUCAUGGCAAUACAGGAAAAUGACGAGAUGCGAAACAUGAUGAUGCGGUAUCUCAGCACAGAAGAUUUUGGAGUCAAAACAGUCGAAAGUCUGCCAAAGGGUAAGGAGGACAAAAGAGUUGAAGAAAUAAUCAACGACACACUGAAAUAUCUAGGGAAUAGAUAUGAAAUUGGAAUGCUGUUCAGACAGGACGAUGUCAAAUUCCCUGACACUUACCAAAACGCCUUAAGACGAUUAACUCUGUCAGAGAAAAUGCUUGCGAAAAAUGAGAAACUCAAGCAAUGGGCCAUACUUAACUUUAAAGAGUACGUUGCGAAAGGAUAUGCCAGAAAAUUAACACCAGCAGAAUUACUUACACCUACAAACAAAGUUUACUAUCUACCACACUUUAUCGUCAUAAAUCAAAACAAGAACAAACCAAGAUUAGUGUUUGACGCCAAAGCAGAAGUUAAGGGUGUCUCAUUAAACUCAACCCUUUUACCGGAGCCGGACGCCACAACAUCGAUCUUCGGAAUAUUACUACGUUUUAGAGAAGGAAACAUAGCGAUAAGCGGUGACAUCCAGGAAAUGUUUCAUCAAGUAAGAAUUCGUCCAGAAGAUCAGCACGUACUACGCUUCUUAUGGAGAGAUUGUGAUACAUCAAAACCACCAGAAGUAUACGUCAUGAUGGUCAUGAUAUUUGGCGCCACCUGUUCACCGGCCUGCGCUCAAAUAGUAAAAAAUUUUAAUGCGAGAAAAUUCGAAAAAACUCAUCCCGCCGCAGCAACCGCUAUAGUAAAACAACACUACGUCGACGAUUACCUAGACAGCUUCCACACCCAAGAUGAAGCAGUUCAGACAGUCAACGAUGUUAUAACAAUUCACGAAAAGGGAGGUUUCUUCAUAAGAAACUUCAUAUCAAACAAACGCGAGUUACUUCACUCACUCCCCGAAAACCGGUUAAUGGAUUCAAACAAGAAAGAUAUAACUGACAAAGAGUCUCACGUAGAAAGGGUCCUAGGGCUACACUGGAAUACACAACACGAUUAUUUUAGUUACCAACUAAGGUUGGAUAAACUAAAUGCAGAAGCAUUAAAAACGUUAAACACACCGACAAAAAGAGAAGUACUAUCAUUCGUGAUGAGUAUCUAUGACCCGCUCGGAUUAAUAUCGCACAAAAUUAUAGAAGGAAAAAUAAUCCUCCAAGAAUUACAUAAGGAAUCGAUGGAAUGGGACGACACAAUCACGUCACGCAUUCUGCCCCGAUGGCGAAAUUGGAUCAGUACGUUAAAACUGAUGGGAAAUCUAAAAAUCCCAAGAAGUCUUCACAUAAAAAUCGGAGUACCUCUAGAACUUCACACUUUCGUAGAUUCAAGUGAAAAUGCGUUUGCCGCAGUAAUUGACAUAAAAUGCGGAAAUACCGUUAGCCUUGUGGCAGCUAAAUCGAGAGUAGCACCUAUUAAAACACUUUCAAUACCACGAUUAGAGUUGCAAGCAGCUGUGCUAGGCUCCCGGCUAGCAGAAACAAUAGUAAAUGAAAUACGUCCGACAAUAUCAAAAAAAAUAUAUUGGUCUGACUCGCAAACAGUCUUAGCAUGGAUUCGAUCUGAUCAUCGUAAAUAUAAGCCUUUCGUGGCUCACCGCAUAGGAGAAAUUUUAGACACAACAACCGUACAACAGUGGCGUUGGGUCCCAUCGCUGCAAAACCCAGCUGACGAAGCAACGAAGGAAGUGAAAAGAAAAUCUAUUUGGAUAAAUGGACCUGGAUUCCUGCAUCUUCAGGAAAACAACUGGCCUACGCAAAAACCAAUUGAAGAAACCUCAGAAGAAUCUAAGGAUAUAUUAGCACUACAUAUAACAACAGAAAUACAGCAAUAUGAUUUCAUACGAGAAAACCGCUACUCAAAUUACUGGAAACUAGUUCAACACCUAUGUAUACUAAAGAAAUUUGUCAAUUGGAUCGCAGAAAGGAAACAUUUCAUAAAAGCUAUAAACAGAAAUGAUCGAGACAUCGUCGAAAAUACGCUUUACAAAAAGGCACAAUGGGAAGCAUUUCCUGUCGAAAUGAUGGACCUAAUUAAAAAUAAACAAUUAACCAAGCAAGGUCCUUUAUCAAGCCUGCGACCAGUGCUGGACGAGAAUGGCGUCAUGCGUAGCAGAGGACGAAGAGGAAAGGUGUCCCAUAUGUACAGCGAUAACGGCACAAACUUUAUAGGUGCCUGGAAUGAAAUAAAAGAGCUACAAGCAUGGGCGAAUAAGAUAAACACCACGAUGGAGAAAGGACAAUCGGCAGCACUCGAAAUACAAUGGUCAUUUAACCCACCCGCAGCACCACAUUUCGGCGGUGCAUGGGAACGUUCAAUAAAAAUCAUAAAGACUUCCUUGAAAAAUAUGUUUAAGAGUUGUAAAAGGCCUACACCAGAACUACUAAGAGCCGGCCUCAUCCAGGCAGAGUUUUUGCUAAAUUCCAGACCGCUUACUCAUAUACCGCUCGAAACGUUCGACGAUGAAGUUCUAACACCGUUUCACAUGUUGAUCGGACGAGCAGGAGAACAUGUAUCCCCAAUUGCACCAACAGUAGAUGGAUUUAAUAAAGAACAAUGGAAGCUAGCGCAACACUACGGACAACUCUUUUGGGAUCGUUGGAAAACAGAAUACCUCCCAACAUUAAUAAAAAGAAACAAAUGGACCGAGGAGAUCAUUCCACUUGAAGAAAACGAUAUCGUCAUCAUCACAGACGACAACGUACCAGCUGGAAGAUGGUUGAAGGGGCGUAUAAUAAAAACAUACCCCGAUAAAGAUGGACAAGUCAGAAAGGCUGACAUACAAACGGAAAAGGGCAUUAUAAAAAGAGCAGCGACGAAAAUAGCGGUUCUCGACGUUACACAGAAGGAGAAACCAGAAGACGCUCAACAUCUCACAUCAAAGAACAUGCCGGAGGAACACGUCAUGAUCAUACACAACGACGUUAGCAGCAAGGACAACGUAAUCAACAACAACAAAAGCAACGACUCCAAUCCAAACAACGACAAGGUCAUCAAUACGAAACGUAAACUAGAGGACGAAAAUUUCUCUAACUGGGGAAAAAGAAAUAAACUGGAUAUUGACAAAAUUAAGGAACUAAGAGACCAACAUCUAAAGAAACAUCCACCCCGAACUACACCAAAACGAAACGCAUAG